CAUAUUUUUAUUAUUCUAAUAAAAAAAUGGCUAGCGAAGCUGUUUUAAAGUACCUAACAGAUACAAAUCGUCCAUAUUCCUGUGCCGAUGUGACAACAAACCUGCGUGGUGCGUAUACGAAGACCGCCGUACAGAAGGCACUGGACUCUUUGAGCGAAGCGGGAAAAAUAAGGUGUAAAUUGUAUGGAAAACAAAAAGUCUACGUCGCUAUACAACUUGAUACAAUAGAUGGUGAUAGUGAUAUAGAAGAUUAUGAUAACCAACUCAAGAACCUUACACAAUCUAUAGCCGAUAGGACAAAUGCAUUGAAAAUGGCAGAGACAAAUCUUAAAAGUCUAACGUCUGCACCAACUACCGAAUCGGCUAUAACAGAAAUAGAUGAAAUAAAGAAGCGACUGGAGAAACACGAAAUGAAAUUGAACAAUUUAAGAAGCUCAACUGAGAUUAUAAGUGCAGAUGAAAAAAAUAAAAUCCUAAAUGAGUUUGACACGUUUUUCAGGGAAUACAGAAAGCGUAAAAGAAUAUCUAAUGAUAUGAUCGAAGCAAUUUUAGAAGGUUAUCCCAAAUCAAAGAAGACUUUUCUAGAAGAAUUUUGUAUAGAAACAGAUGAAAUGGUUGAUUUUAAAAUAAUGAGUAAUUCAUAG